AUGUCUUCUGAUCGCGAACAGAGUGCCUUCGACGCCGCCAGUGACGAUGAAGACGACUGGGAGGAAGUUUUGGUUGACCACCAACCAGAGAAGCCCAUUGAAAUCACCCUUCAAGUUCAGAAAAGCAAAGCAAAGCCUGAAGACGCAGCAAAGAAGAAAGGAAUCUCUUAUGCUGAGCGCUUAUUGAGGAUUGACUGCCACAAGUUCCACACCGUUAUUCUGAUAGGGAAUGCCAAGAUCAGAAACGAAUGGCUCAACGACGAACUCCUCCAUGCCAGGCUGCUCUCGCUUACCCCGUUGACGCUACAAAAUGAGUUCGCCAUGAUCCACAAGUCUCGCAUCCCCGACCAGGGCCAACGCGGACGAGCAUUUGAAAGAGCCAUGCAGCAUCUUGCCGAGUGGUGGGCACAUUCCUUCUUCGAGGUGCUACCAGAAGGCCAUCUCCGCAACCGAACCUUCGAUGAAGUCCAGUCCAAGCUGGAACGCCAUGGCGUGCUAGACGACCCAGAACCACUCGACGAAGAAACGACCGAACUUAUUCUGGACGAAGACCUAGAAAUCAUCCGAGGGCCUAAGAGUCUUAUGAAGCACGCUCUCAUGCGUUGUGGCUCUCGGGAUGUCAGUGCUCAACUUUUCACCGCUCUAUGCAGAGCACUGGGAAUCCCGGCACGCCUGGUUGUCAGUCUUCAGAGCAUGCCUUGGAAGGCCAGCGUUGGAAAGCCGAAGCCCAAAUACACGCGCAAGUCGGCGAAAGGAAAGGAGAAGGCGGUCGACGACGAAGAAGACUCAGGGAGUUCGCCCAGCAAAGUCGAUGUCAAGGGCAAGGGGAAAGCCCCGGCAUUUGAAGGACCGGGACGACGUCUGGAUGGAACGCCAGUUCCCAAGAGCGAGAAGGCUAAAGGGAAAGAAAAGGCAAAACCGGUGAUUAAGCUUCGUAAGCAGCGGGACAAGGGACACCGAUUAGGAGAUUCUAGAGACUCUAGUCCAGGUCCCAGUAAACUCGCUUCCCCUGACCCCACCACAACUCCGCCAGUCUUCUGGACAGAAGUCUUUUCUCGGCCGGACGGUCGAUGGCUACCUGUCGACCCCAUUCGUUCUAUCGUGAACAAACGCAAAGUAUUCGACCCCACUCCUCUGACAAAUGCCCCCGGAACAGGGGCAGCGGUGUCGACAGCUUCCUCCAGUACAGGUCUCGCCUUUCCCCAAACGACUCGAAAGUCCAAUGUACCAAGGGGAUUUAAAGAGGAGAACAGGAUGCUUUAUGUCCUGGCAUUCGAGGAGGACGGCUAUGCACGGGACGUGACAAGGCGUUACGCUCGGGAGUAUAAUGCGAGGGUACUCAAGGCACAGGGCGGUAGCAGAGCUGCUAACGCGGGAAAAGCGCGCCAGGAAUGGUGGGAUAAGGUUGUCACCAAAUUCAAGCGCCCGUACCAACUACACCGAGACGAUGUCGAGGAUGAAGAACUCGCACAAGCGCAGAUGACCGAGGGCAUGCCUACGACCAUUGCCGGAUUCAAGGACCACCCAGUAUACGUACUUGAGCGUCAUCUAAAGCAAACGGAGGUGAUUCAUCCACCGCCGCCAGAAACGCCAGAACUGGGUAAAUUCCGUGGGGAGCCUGUUUAUCCCCGCUCAUCCGUAAUCCCUCUCAAGACAGCAGAGACCUGGCUCAGGACGGAAGGGCGCAUGAUCAAAGCUGGCUGUCAACCACUCAAGACAGUCAAAGCUCGUCCUGGAACACUGAACCGACAACGUGAGCUCGAGGUCCUCAAAGAUGAGCUUCGAGACGCUGGUUUUAGUGGGGAUGCCAGUGGCGAGGUGAUGCAAGGCCUCUACGCACGCUCCCAAACGGAACUAUACGUCCCUGACCCUAUUGUCGAUGCAUAUUGGGAAACACAACGACACGAGGAGGAGAAGGCGCGUGCCAAGAAGGAAGAACAAGCCUUGAAACAUUGGGUCAAGCUCGUGCAGGGUUUGAGGAUACGACAGAGAUUGCAGGAGCAGUACGCCGAUCGUUCACAGUCGACGACGAAAGCUGGUCCAUCGACCUCUGGCAAGAGGGCGAAACGUGGUCAUCCGGAAGACGAGGAACAAGCGCCCAACGAUGACGACGAGAAAUUUGAUUCUACAUUGGAUGACACUCAUGGCAGUGGAAGCGGUGGAGGUGGUGGUGGAGGUUUCCUCGUUGAAGCGGAUGACGUUGUCCAGGCCUUCCAUCUACCCAAAUACAAUCCCAUCCUCCUGCUUGACUCGACAUCUUCCAAUCCGUUUGCACGUUCGCGCCCGCUGGGGUCUGCACCCGGAGGUGACACUGGUCCAGGUGCCGCCAAACACUCUGGUGCCGCCGCCACCGGGGAGAACGCCGAGGAGGGGCGAGAUCUGGAUGAACAAGGAGAUAGGGAACCCGAAAGGGUGGUGAUUGACUAUGUCACAUACGAUCUGGAAGAUGAAGAGGGCCCUGAGAUGGAUGGGGAUGGGGAUGAGGGCGGUUUGAUUCCGACAGGUGUGGACAAAGAUGGUGACGUCGAUAUGGAUAGACCGGGUGGUGAUGGCACGCCUGGUCCUCCUCUCACCGCCGAUACUUCCCCUCUUUCAUUGGCGGAUCUUGAGGCGGGCGGUCUUGGAGGGAGGCAAGGCAGCAGUAUUGAAAGGGACGAUGACGACGCGACAAAGGACGACGACGAGUUCGCACCGAGGACGAUGCAGGACCUCCUCGAAGCCGAAGCAGCCAAAGCCAAAUCCAAACCCAAACCGAGAGCUAAACCGAGAGUCAGCUUGAAGCCUGUGGCUAGCCCGAGUGGCUCGGAGGGCGGUCUCGAAGACCAAGGCCAAGAUCAGGACCACGUCCACGCCGAUAUCGGAGCGAUUGGCGAUCCACAGGGACAGGUUGUGGACUCGGAGGAAGGAUCGUCAGGUCCGUUGUUACAGGGCAGGGGCGGCCGAGUAAAUGUUAAUGGUAAUGUUGGGAGUGUGGCGGGUGCAACGAUCAUUGGUUCUGCAACUUCUGCUGCUAAUGGCGGGUUGGAGCUAUCAUCUUCAUCAUUGCAAUCUGGGAGGCAGUUACGAUCUAGUCGGAAGGGUGGUGGUGGCGGUAUGGUUGCGGCUGCGAGCGAUGGUGAUUAUGGAGAAGAUGGAGGUGUCAGUGUCAGUGCUACGCCGCGGAGUAGGAAAGGAACUUCCGGUGGAGGGAAGAGGAAGAGGGCGACUGUGACUGGUGGGAGUGCCAGGAAGAAGGUUUCUGUCACUCGGGCAAAGGGCAGGCGGAAGAAGAGGAAGGAUGAGAGCGAUGAGGAGGACGAUGAAGGGGAGGAAGAUAUCGAUGAUAUUGAGGGAGAUGACGUUGAUGAUGCACCGCGAAAGCGCACUCGCGUGACUCCUGGCGAGGAUGUCGGAACAACACCAUCGGUGUCGGUGGAAAGAUCAGCACCAGCGGCUACACCUGCCGGUGGUCGUUCACUCAGGCCUCGUCGUUCCAAAACGGCUGCCCAACUUGAGCAAGAGCGAGAGGCGGAGAAGGCGUAUAGAAGGGCUAUCGCUCAAUAG